CCUUGUUUCUUCUCUACCCAUCUCUCAUUUCACUCUCUUUCUCUCUGUAACACACAAACAACUCUGUUUCUUCUUCUUCCUUCUUCCCUUCUACUUCUCACAAAGAGUCUUUGGUUUAUCAGAAAGUUCUUGAAUAUGGGUUCAUCCAAGUCAGAUCUGAGGUCAACGAUCUACCCAGAACCUGUUGACCACUUCGACCAGCUACCUGAUCCAGUUCUUCUCUUGAUUUUCAACAAGAUCGGUGAUGUUAAAACUCUAGGAAGAUGUUGUGGAGUUUGUAGCAGGUUUCAUUCACUUGUUCCUCAAGUUGAUAACGUUGUUGUUCGUGUUGAUUGUGUUAUCUCUGAUGAUGAUGAUGCAUCGUCGUCAUCUUCUUCUUCUUCUUCAUCUUCUGCUGCCUCUUCUGAUAAGUCACGUCACCCCAUUUCUUCCCUUUUUCGACUUGUAUUCCUUGGUCUUGUUAAACCCUUUCAAUCCCUUACUCAGUUGAUCUCCAUUUCUUCAAGGCGAUGUACUGCUUCAUCCUCUCUUGUUGAUGAUGAUUUUGAGCAAAAUUCUGUUACCCAUCACUCCCCUACACAGGUUUUGAAGAAUUUUGAUGAAAUUAAGUUGCUUAGGAUUGAGUUGCCUAGUGGGGAAUUGGGUAUUGAUGAAGGUGCUUUGCUCAAGUGGAGAGCUGAUUUUGGUUCUACUCUUGAUAAUUGUGUUAUUCUUGGGGCGUCUUCGGUGAUUCAACCGGUAAGUAUUGGUGAUUUAGUCGAGGAACAGUGUGGAAUUGGAAGUAACAGUAAUAGUUUGGGUGAUGGUAAUGGAGAAACAGAUAAUGGGAGCAUACCUGAGUCGUUUUACACUAAUGGGGGUUUGAAGUUGCGAGUUGUGUGGACGAUUAGUUCUUUGAUAGCAGCUUCUGCAAGGCAUUAUCUGCUGCAGCCAAUUAUAGCAGAGCAUAAGAAGCUUGAGAGUUUGGUUUUGACGGAUGUUGAUGGGCAAGGAGUAUUGUGUAUGAACAGGGAGCAGCUGGAGGAGUUGAGAAUGAAGCCUCUUUCAGCUUCAUCGGCCUCGAAAAGGACAAUGGUGCCAGCACUGAACAUGAGGCUGUGGUACGCCCCACAUUUAGAGUUACCUGAUGGGACAGUGCUUAAAGGGGCGACAUUGGUAGCAAUUAGGCCUAGUGAGCAACCUAAGAAAGAGGUGGUUGGGCCAGAUGGGAAUUGGGUGGCAGCAGCAUUUGAGGAGCCCUAUGGGACGGCUGCAAGGAUGUUAGUUAAGAGGAGGACUUAUUGUUUGGAGAUGAACUCGUUCUGAAUAGAAUUAAAGUGGUCAAGGGAG